AUGGACAUCACGCUGCUGUUUAAGGCCAGCGUGAAGACCGUGAAGACCCGGAACAAGGCCAUCGGGAUCGGCUUGGACUCUGGCAGAGACGACAUCCUUCGCAGAGGGAGAAGUAAGAGCGGCUUCUGCCCCCGAGCCAGAGAAGUGGUGUCGAACAUCUCCAAACUCAGAGACUUCCUGCUGCAGCAUCGGAAAGACUACGUUAGCGCUGGAAGUCUGAUCUCUUCAGAUGUCAGCCGUAUGACCGAUAGUGAAAGAGACCAGAUUGACCAGGACGCUCAGAUCUUCAUGAGGACGUGUUCAGAGGCCAUCAGGAACCUGAGGCAUGAAGUAGAGAAAAAGAUGAGCUCUGCUCAGACCAGAGAUCACAGAGGAGUGGUGCUGGAUCUGAUAGAGGCGUAUCUGCGAGGAGUGUGUAAACUGUAUUCGGAACAGAGAGCUGUCAGAGUGAAGAGAGUCGUGGACAAGAAGAGACUAUCUCGUCUUUUACCAGAGUUUUACAAACGAGAAGUGAAACCAACAGUGAAGCUGAACGCAGAGGCAUCUGAGGAGACCUCAGAGCCCAGUGUGUCGGAGGUGGACUUGACCGGAGACCUCUGUGAUGAAGCACGUGAGGAAGACGAGCUGUCCCCUGAGGAGAUGCAGAUGUUCGAGCAGGAGAAUCAGAAACUCGUCAGUGAAAUGAACAGUUUAGUCGACGAGGUCAAGCAGAUUGAGGGGAAGGUGGUAGAGAUCUCACGACUGCAGGAGAUCUUUGCAGAGAAGGUCCUUCAGCAGGAGACGGAGAUCGACAACAUCCACCAGCUUGUUGUUGGAGCAACAGAAAACGUCAAAGAAGGAAACGAGGACAUACGAGAGGCAAUCAAAAACAACGCCGGCUUCAGAGUCUGGAUCCUCUUCUUUCUUGUCAUGUGCUCCUUCUCCCUUCUCUUCCUCGACUGGUACGACAGCUAA